AUGGAUGUGCGUUAUCUAAUAAAUAAUUACGAAGUUUUCAGUUUCUACUUACAGAACGCUCCGCCUCCGACAGAGAAGCACGUGUGGGUCAGACUCGUUCAUCUUCUGCUUUCUCCUCGAGCUGGGCUGAAUAUUUCGUUACCGGCUCAGAAGUGUGUCAACAACUAUCACGAGGGAUCGAAAGGCGUUGUCGACUUGUAUCAGAAAGCACUGAUGCCGUGUAUGGAGAAAGCGGCUCGUCAGAACCGAGACAAACUCAUCGAGUUUUGGAAAACAGGUUAAUUCUAAAUGUUCCCUGUGGAUGUGCCCACUAGCGUUUACAGAAACUCCUGAAACCCUGGCGGACUGUUUCUUAAGCUCGUCGAUCAGGUUCCUGCGAAUUGCGACCGGAUGCGUCACCUGGAGCAUCAUGGGAAACAAUGGUCUCUUUCUCCACGUGACUCACAGAACUUACGAGUUCUACUACGGAAAACUGCUGAUUUACAAGGGGAAAAUCAGAGUGUUCACGGCACGAAACGGAAGACAGGUCUACAAGGGAGUCGAAGUACUGGAUGAUCUGAGAACUGUAAUGCAACUCGUGCGCCACGCCCGAAUUAUCACGUUCAAUGCAAUAAUUCACAGUUAGUUUUCAGAGAAGACAUCGUCCUUCUAAAUUAGCUUUCCAGCAUACGACUAUGGAAAUGCGUGCACCUGUGGCAUCACUCAAGUGGCGUCUCAUUUCGGUUUCGAGCCAGGAUUCGUGUUCGAGCCGAGAUCCAAUGAUCAGAUAGAUCUUGUGGUAGCCCAGAGAAAUCAGCUGCAUGAGCUGGAACAGGAACUCGAAGCAAAUGAGAAUACGGACAGAGGAUACACUUCGUGCACCUAUGAGAAACCGUUCCUUACCAUCCGCUGA